CUGAAGAGAGACGUGCAGUGCGCGCGCAGGGGCGGGAGUGACGGGGUGGGGGGGCCGGGGGAGUGCAGGUAGCGGGGCCGGACCAGCUGAACGGGCACAGACCGAAGACGACACAAGUCCAUGGAGAGGCUCGUCUGCUCCGGGUGUUUACAUCUCUUCACCACCACAAGCCUCCUCUAACCCAGGGCCGGCUCUCUUCCUGCUCCGGGCGCUCGGACGUCGUGUGCGGAUAGGGAGCGGCAAAGGGUCGCGGUGACGGCAGCUGUAGCAUCCGGGGAGCUUGGAGGAGUAGCCGCCUCUAUGAUGAAGUUCAAGCCGAACCAGACUCGGACUUAUGACCGGGAAGGCUUUAAGAAGCGGGCGGCCUGCCUGUGCUUCAGGAACGAGCGGGAGGAUGAGAUACUCUUGGUCAGCAGUAGUCGCUACCCGGACCAGUGGAUUGUUCCCGGUGGAGGAAUGGAGCCAGAGGAGGAGCCCGGUGGAGCAGCAGUGAGAGAAGUCUAUGAAGAGGCUGGUGUGAAGGGGAAGUUGGGUAGACUCCUGGGAAUAUUUGAGAAUCAAGAUAGAAAACAUAGGACUUACGUGUAUGUGCUCACCGUCACUGAGGUUCUAGAAGACUGGGAGGAUUCUGUGAACAUAGGGAGGAAGAGGGAGUGGUUUAAAGUUGAAGAUGCCCUGAAAGUCCUGCAGUGCCACAAGCCAGUUCAUGCAGAAUAUUUGGAAAAACUGAAAUUGGGCUGCUCCCCAACUAAUGGAAAUUCUGUAGGUCCACCAUUAUCGGACAACACUUCAUUAUAUGUAACCUCUGCACAGACUUCUUCUGGCUUGCCGUCAACAGUGAGAUAAACUCUGCUCUUUACAAGGCAACUUGCCGAUUCAGUGGGAAGAAUGACCUUUUGUGUUCUCAUGCGGACAUUCUAAUGUUUAGACCUGGAUUCUCUUGCAAAAUGUGCUAAAACCGUUUUGGUUUCUUGUUUUUUGUUUUUUUAAACCCAUGUAAAAUAUCAUUCGUCAGAUACAAGCCAUAGGAAGUUUUUUUUUUUUUUUGUUUGUUUUUUUUAGAUGCCUUACACGGCCAUUUUUUCUGGUCUUAUGUUAAUCCACACGAUUAUGAAUAUGGCAUUCUUUUCCUAAUGCUUUCUUUCCGUAAGGGCUUUAAACUACUGCUGGAUGUGAGAUGGGCCUGUGGUGUACUGUGUUAAAGGUUCAAUACCAAAUGAGGGCAAUCCUGCAGAGAACAACUAGUCUCUUCAGCUUUUAAGAGGGCUGCUAUUACAUAACUGUCUACUCUGUACUGUGGAAAAACGGCUGAUUUGAUUUCCUUUGUCCUGUAUAGCAAUAGGCCAGUGGCAGGUAUGAUGAUUUAGAUAUCUGUUUGUAUGAGAUUGUCAAUUACAAGCCAACACGUAUAAAGGGGGCAGUCACCACUCCUGACACUUUUAUUAUUAUUUUUUUAAGACAAUACUUGCAUUCCCCAUGAGAUCACAAUUCUGGAACAUCUUUUUCCAUAAUGUUUUGUCCGGUUCCUGUUAUUCCUCCAGAGUAUUUAAUUAGAAUUGUUGGCACCAUUCCCCUUGUCAAAGGAUUUGACAGUGUCAGACUGUGUGGAGACACACUGGUAACACCCAAUUGUCAAUUUAUUCAUAUGUUUUUUUGUGAGGAAUAAUAGAGGAUGGACAACACAUUCUAAGAAAAAAUGCUCUGGAAUUAGUAGUCCACGAAGAAAGUAAGUAUGUACUAAAGUAGCUGGCAGGUCUUCUUUGAGUGAGGAUGGAUUUCAAACCUAGUCUGCCUUUUUUUAAUGUGGCAGCAUUACUAACACUACUAAAUAUGUCCAUGCAAUAUUAAGAAUUUUUUUUCAUCCCUUUUUUGCCUCUCAACUUGCAUGUUCAGCUUGUGCGACCUGCAGGCCAUGCUGCUUCUGGUCAGUCUCAUUUGCCAUUGAUAUGAAUGUAGUACAUUGUAGGCCCAUUGUAAUUAUUUGGUUCUUAGGACAGGUUCCAGGAGCCAAGUAUCAAAGUUGCUUCCUUUUGAUGUCUAUGAAAGUGUUUCACCUGGUCACUCAAAAAAAUGACCUGGAAGAGAGGUCUGACUAGUACCCCAAUGAUAGUAUUCUGACAUUGUAAGCUCCGGCAGUGGGUGACCUGAGGCACUAUGUUGACUAGACUCUCCUCUGCAAUGCCUCACAUCAGAUUUCGGGGUGUUUGGGACACAAAUCGGUCUCAAACAUUGGAUUUUAUUAUUCUCUCAACCCCCCCCCCCCAACCCCCUGCCCACCUUCCAUCCCCAGAUGAGCAGUGCCAAACAUGUAUGAUAUUGGGGUUUGGCUAUCUUUAUUGCUUACUGAUGGAAUUUCAGACGACAUACAUUUAGCUUUAAAAGGCUUUCCCAUGUCUGUUAAGUGAAUGUUUCCCUUUGUCAGUCUUACAAAGAACAGGAUGCACUAUGGUUUAAAGAUGGAGUGUGGCUGGAGAAAUGUAAAUCCAUAUUGCUACAACACACAGAUCCACGAGGCAUUGGCGCAUUAGCCUUGGCUGCCAAAGAAAUUAGCAUUUUGGCCUUUUAAUGCACUGGUAGACUGAUAAUCAGGGACAUGUUGAUUUUUUUUUUUCUGCAUGGUAACUUCAGUUGAAGUAUUGAAAUCCAAGCCUUUUUUUUUUUUUUUUUUUUAAACCCUUUAGACCUUAGUGGUGCCUGCAGCAUUAAUGACGUCAGACAUCUGAUUGUGCCUCCUAGUCAUAGAGACACAGAAGGCAAGCAAAUUCUCUCAGGUUUAAUACCACAGAGCUGUAUAUACAUUUCUGAUCUUUGAGACUGUCAACAUGUAUUGAUCGGGAUGACGUAAAAAGAACCGGUCACCACGAAGUGCAGUGUAGUCUGCAGGUAGCUUGUGUAAGGGGUCGGCCAGUAUCUAUUACUAGCUGGUGUUUUUAAUAGUAUUAAAGGGGUUCUCCAGGAAUGGUUUUAAAAUGGCCACCAACAACCUGUCCCAGAAUGAGCCAGGACUGGUUGCCACCACUUUCAGAGCUGCCUAGGAGGGUGAGGGGGCAGGACCUCACUACACUGCUCUUCAAUAGAUGGUAAUGAUGUGAUUCUGCCUAUGAUAUGCCAUCAUGGCUGAGCAGCCUGACAGGAAUAUGUAGUAUAUGUAAGUGACAGAGUGAAGUGAGGCCCUGUCCCCUUACCCUCCCAGGCAGCUCUGCGAGUGGUGUUGGUCACAUUCUAGGACAGGUUGCUGGCAGCCGUUGUAAAUCUAUCCCAGAGGACCCCUUUAAACUAUCUGCAUUGAAAAUGGCUGCUAAUGGAGGGUUCAGUCUGUCCACUGCCACCAUUCAUUUACAUUAGGGACAGACUGAGCAUGCACUAGUUCCCUUGUCUGUCCCAGGUGUAAAUGAAUGGAAGCUGCUGAUAGACUGAACCUCGGCGUUAAUUUUCAGAGUGCAUUGUCUGGAAGCAGGUGAACAGACCUGCAGGUAAGUGUGAAUUAUUCAUAUUAAACUGUCGGACAUCAGUUCCACUAGUUUAAUAAUGGGUAUUACUAGCUGCAUGUAUGUGCUGUCCCAAGCAUAUGUUCAGCUAGUACUAGAUACUGACCAUCCCUUUUAAUUCUCUGCUUUUUCUGAGCAGUUGUACACUGGGGCCAACUUAUCAGGGAAGAUUGCAUUCUCUGUGUGAAGUUGGAUUUACACGGCCUGAUGUUCUUCUCAUAAAACUAUAUAUCAAUCUGCUCAGCUUCUCCUGAUCUAUAACAUGCUGCCUGCAGAUUAUGCUGCAUUUUCACAGUGUCAGGUUCCCUUUAAAAUAGCAUCUUGUUCAAAAUCACAGUCUGCUGUAUUUGUGGUCACAGCAUCUGUUUGCUGGGGUGAAAUCUGCCUUUCCUCAAACAUUGAUUAGUCCAUUACAAGAAAAUCUUUUCAUUACAGAGAGAUUUUGUAAGGGUCCUUUUACACUGCCAGAUUUCGGCCCUGCUAACCUAAGGCUAGUUUCAUAUCUGCGAUCCGGCCACCUGAUCCAGCAGGGAAUGGCAGGAAUUGGCCGGACACAAACCGCAGAGAUUUCUGUCUGGCUGAUUCUCUGCGUGUUUGCCAGAAUGCGUCCUGAUCUCCACCAACCCCUUUAUACUUCCGGCAGUGGAGGAUAUGCAGAAUUCUGGCACGCUGUUGCCUGCUGGAAUAAUCACUGCAGAUGUGAAACUAGCCUAACCAGCACGAUUGAUGUCACAGCAGGUCGCUGGUGCUGGUUGUCUACAUUUACAUUGCAAGUAUGCGAAUAAAAGAUUAAUAUGUCUUUCAUCCCCAUAUGAUUUAUAUUUGUCAGCCGCACAUCCCUGCUUACAUGGAGAGAUGGGCUGCUGUGAUCACGUAAACGCGCCAUGUUUAUAUGGGCCACUGGUCAGGCCUGUGUAAAAGGGCCUGAAGUCUCAUCCGUCAGUCUCUUUUGCCAUUACAUCCUGAAAGAUAUUGAAAACGUGUCACUGGUUUCUAUUUCUGCACAUGAUCCACACUAGACACCACUUGUAUGUGUACAGUUUUGUGGCUCCGCGCUUUUUUCACUGUAAAUACAGUCGUUUUUAUAAUGUUAAAUUCUACAUUAGUAAGGCACUUCCCUCGUAGUAAGAUAAAAACCUCAACCCAAGAGGGUAGUUUCCUCACCACCUGUCCCUAGUUGUAUUAAAGUAUUUGUAGAUAAGUUGUAAUUUUGCUUCCUGUAAUACCAUAUUCCAUGUAAAAAAAAUAAAAAAUAAACCUAAUUUUUUUUUGUAAAUAAUCAAACCAGUAAAUUUACAGUGAGUGCACAAAGGAUUGUUGUAAUUUAAGCAUUUUGUUACUUUGUUUUCUUCAACUUUUUUUUUCUUUUUUUUUUCUUUUUAACACAAACUGUGUAAAAUGCUGCUAUAAAUUAAAAUAAUUGUGAGUGCUGUUACACUUUUUGUUAAAGGAAGGAUGGUGCCACAGUUGUUCUGUUAGUUUAAUGUACCUGUGCCAUAUGAUUGCCUUUAUACUUUUUAAUAGUAAUGUUUAUACCAUGCAUAUUUCCAGUUCUGAUGCUCUUACUCCUCUUUCUGCCACCGGCUAUCUGUAUGCCUGCUGUCCAGCAAAUAGGGGCGCUGAGGGAAUACAGUAGGCACAGCCAGGAGUCUGCGGUAUUCAUGAGGAUGGUGCUCCCACCUGCCGACAUGCUGCUGUGUAUAUGUGCAUACAGAGCAAUCAUUCACUGCGGGGUGGGCGCUCUCCUCAAGAGUACACCUGAAUUAUAACUAUAUUUCCAGCGUAUUCUUUCAGCCCGUGUCUUGGUCAACAUCACAGAAUGAUUUUGGCUAUUAAUGGUACGGACCUGCAGCUUAAUAUUAAGCUCACAGGGGAAGGGCAGUCAGCAGCGCCAUUGCAGGGCAUCACAUAUUAUACAUAACUUGCAGAAAGGUCCAGAGGUCUCAAGAUGAAGGGAAAAAUCCCUCAUUAUUUGUUGUGCCCCUUUAAGACACCAAAUUCAACUUUUCUCUUUAUUAUAAGUUUUUUUUGACCACCACACACAUCCUAACGGCUCAUGCACACGGCUGUAGUUGUGGACCCAAUCAUCUCAACGGGGCCACAAAAGAUGCGAACAGCACACGCAUCCGUAAGUGCAUUCCGUGGCCCCGCAAAACAGUUCUCCAAUUCUUGUUUAUUUUACGGACAAGGAUAGGACAUUACCGCAGGAGUAAAAAAAUAAAAAAUAUGGCGUCAUGCACUCGGCCAGUAUCUGCGAUUUGCGGACUGCAAAAUACUUACUGCCAUGUGCAUGAGCUCUGACUGUGGCUUGGGCUCUACAUUUGACCUUCUAGUUCCAUAGUUUAAUAGUGAAAGAGGCAAUACUUGAAGCAUUGAGAUUUGGGCUCUAUCACUGAAUGUUGUAAAAAGCUGGAUUCAUUUUUGGACAUUGCUUUCCUUGAAGAAACAGGGCCCCUUGCGUAUGUAAAAAGGUUAUCCAGAAACAGCCCCACACCUGUGUAAAGGUUGUGUUAUUGCAGCACAGCCCCAUUCACUUCAGUGAAGUUUAGCUGUGAUUUCAGACCCAUUGUAUUGGACAGUAGUCUCUGGAUGAAGGCAGACAUGUUUUUGUAAUCCUGGACAGCCCCUCUAAAGUUUAACCAUCUUGCUUAAUGUCACGGGGCAUCCUACAUAGACCAUUUGUGGCUUUUGCUUAGUAAUGCUAGAGACCUAGAAACUAUAUUGGAUUGUCCCAUGUUUUCUGCAACUUGAUAUAAUGAACCACCAUGUCAUUGGAGCAGCACAACUGUAAGGGAUUCCAAAUUGGAACAAUUUGCCUGUAUGACCGUAGUCUACUGUAGAAAUGUUAAUCAGCGGAGUGGGUGUGGGAUUACAACCUUUACACUGAAAGGGCUUUUCUUGCUUUAGCCUUUCUACUCUUAAUGUGUGGCCCCUCACUUACCGGUGCUGCAUACCAGUGCUUUGCAGACUACUUAAACUCGCCGAGGCCACACAAUCAACAAGCAGUGUUAGGCAUUUGCUGUCAUAUAGAUAGUUCUCAAGCUUCAACUUUAGUGGUUCAUUUUUUUUUUUUUUUUUAUCUGCUCUUGAGGUUUGGUGAUCCAUAAAUACAGGUAAAAUUUGGGAAAUCCUUACAGAAUUGUAGAAUUCUUGUGCAGUGUGUGGGAAGCAAGUCCACUGAGGCCUAGUUUACACGUCAGUGAUAUCCAUCAGUGGUUGUGAGCCAAAACCAGAAUUGGAGCCUCCACCGAGAUGAGGUCCAAUGGAAAGAUUUGCAUCUGCUCUCUGUUGUGACCAGCACCUGGUUUUGGCUCACUGAGCAAAUAACUGAAGUGUGAACUAGGCCUAAAGAGGAUUAGUAUGUGGCACACUUAUUGCAGAAAUGUAUGUGUCUUAUCAUUUGAAUGCAUCUUGAAGGUAGCAGCAACUUCCUCACUUAAAUGAAUGAAACUGAUUUCAGUUGCACAGAUUUCUGCAGCAAAUCUGCUAGAUGUCAACAUACCCUACUAAUGUAUUGAAGGUAAAGCUCCCGAUAUGUGCAGACUAAAGCAGUUUAGGCUUUGUUCACAUUUGCAUUAGAGACUACUCUGUCAGAGACAAUGCAAUGCUGUAUGUAGCGCUACUUGGCAUAUGAGGGAAACCCAGCCUACCACAUUAUAGUCAAUGGCACAAUCGUCUGUUUGUCAUGUGACCGAUCCAGAACUGCCAUAAAUGUCAUUGUUCUGCUUCUAUGACAGAGCAAUGGAAAUAAACCACGCAGGUGUGAACAAAGCCUAAUUCCAUGCCAUAAACUGAGGCCUGAAUAUUUGAACACUGCCACCCUGCUGUAUUCAGAAUAUGCGCCCAACCAUAACCAGAGUAAUUAACGAGGUCACCCUACAACAUUCAUUCUUUGCAGACUCCAUAUUCUACAAGUUAUUUGAGUAAGGCGAUCAUUUUUGGUGGUAUAGAACAGACAUUUUAUAUGUGGACCGAUCACUUUUUGCUUGAUCAUAGAUGAAUCCUGUUGGACAUGUGAAGGCACUUUUUCCCAACCUUACUUGCAUUAGUGGAGGUAGUGUCGCAUGAAAUCAUGGAAACCCUUUCUGCAGAUGUGUUGAGUGAAGCUAUGUGGAAUGCUGACGUGAGUGCGUGUCCUGUCCCAUUCACAUGGUGUGAGCCCUGGUCAUACAUGUACUACACAUCCCUUUGCAUUUCACAUAAAUCGGGGUAAAAAAGGUCAAAUGGUUACAUCUUUGGAUGAGCGUUCUGUAAGAAGGAAAGUGGGUAAGCUUGUGUCACUGUAUUCUUAGAGAUUUUGCUGCAUGGUCUUUUGUAACUGAUACAAAAUGUAUUUGACUAAUGUAAAGUAAUGUACAGUAUUGAUGUUGGUUUUCAACUUGAGUUGAUGGCCUUUAAACUUCAUCUUAGUUGGGUAUAAGGUAUGCCAUUCAAUCUUUAGCUGUUCAUUUCUGCCCAAAUCCUAAUAGCAGUUACUGAGCGCACGCAACCUCUAUGCAAUUUAAGAACAUAUCCUCUGAUGAACAGCUUGUGGAAUAGUCACUUACUGUCCGUAGAAAAAAUUUACCUAGACAUUUAGAUUUUUACCAUUACACCUUCACAAAACUAUGGCAGUAUAACUGGAUAUGUGAUAACUUCAGCCACCCAAUUAGGUCAUUAAAUUGGGUAGAGCUUGCUAAGAUCAUCUGACUGAUAAAUGAAUGCAUACAUUGGUCAAGAUGGCUCCAACUAACACUUCUGGAUUUGGUCUCCCUACAAAGAAAAAUGGCUGAUGUGAUGGGUAAAGGUGUGCUUUAUGCGUCUGCAUGGUCGCUUACUCAAGGUUUUCCCUUGAACUGGACUUCUGUCCUUAUUAUGGGGUGCGGGGGUCAGAAUGCUUUAUAGUGCAGUAUAAUCUAUUUGGAUUGAGUUUGGUAAUACCUUGACAUUUAUGAAUGGCAUAUCAAAGGGUACCCUAAAUAUUGUAUUGCAAUGUCACAUAACUGGGUUUUCUUGAAAAUGAUGUACCGGUAAUUGUAGUAACUGAUGAAAUCUAAAAGGAAUAAAAUCAGAAAUGCCUGUUGCUUACAUUGCCGUGUUAUAGGUAUAAGAUAUCACAUGGGAAUAUGUGUAGAUAUACUUCAGUAACCCAUGUCUAAUGUACAAAUUUUUCAGUAUACAGAAAUGGGGUGUAUAUAUAAUUUUUUUUUUCUUUUGUUUUUAGUGGAACAAUCAAAUGUAAUUCAGCGUAUGAAUUUGUUUAUUAAAAUAAAUCAGUCCUUUAAAUAAUGAAAAUGGUCACACAUGCCCAGUCACUUUCUUCAUAGGCAUCAUGUUCUAUUUUAUGAGCCAAAUAGGUUUGUUUUACU